AUGGACCCGUUGAAGUACUUGUUCGAAAAGCCGGCACUAACGGGGAGGAUCACAAAAUGGCAGUUACUGCUUUCUGAGUUUGACAUCACUUAUGUCACCCAGAAGGCAAUCAAGGGGCAAGCACUGGCCGAUCAUCUAGCGGGGCACUCUCUGCCCUACUAUCAACCAUUGAAGACCUUCUUCCCUGACGAGGACGUCCUCCUGAUCGAGGAAGAAGAAAGGAAGGCUGGAGAGUGGACGCUCUUCUUUGAUGGAGCUGUAAAUUCGAAGGGAAGUAGAGUAGGCGCCAUACUCUACUCUCCCGAUGACGUCCCAAUUCCCAUAUCCAAGAGGCUGGCAUUCCAAUGUACUAACAAUGUGACUGAAUAUGAAGCAUGCAUUGCAGGUCUAAGAGAAGCCAAUAUCCUCAAUAUAAAAAAGUUACUAGUCUUCGGAGAUUCACAAUUCAUCAUCAAUCAAAUAAAUGGCGAUUGGAAGACCAAAGAUGAAAAGCUGAUCCCAUAUCACGUCUACCUAGAAAUUUUAAUUGAGGAAUUCGACGAAAUCACAUUCUCCUACAUGCCCCGAGCCAAGAAUCAAUUUGCAGACGCUCUAGCUACCCUCACUUCAAUGCUAGAGAUCCCAAAAGGAGUUGCAGAAUGGGAACUCAUCGUCGAACUCCAGGAGGAACCACGUUCUGCCUACAGAUCAAUGAAGCUGAACAUCCCUUAA